AACCAGAAAAGUAAAAGAGAAAACAAAGCUGACAACCCCACCUUAAGCAUAGGGAACCUUUUCUUUAUCGAAAUAUGAAAACAAAGAAACUUGAGAGGGGAUAAUGUUUGAGUGGCCAGAGAAAGAGAUAUAGCUUUGAGAAAACACACCACACCAUUAUUCAAGAGAUCUAUCUCCAUUAUUCAAUCUUUCCUUCUUCUUCUUCAUCUUCUUUAGUAUACUAGAGAGCAAAAUGGAAUCUGAGGGAGGAGUGUUGUUACCAUUGUUUCACGAGCAUCCUAUGACGCCUUGGAAUGAUCAUCAUAUGAGGAAAGGCGAUUGCUGUGAUUGCUUUGAACCUCAGAGUGAUGGCUACUAUUGUAAACUCUGUGAUUUCUUCGUGCACAAGAAGUGUGGCGACGAGCUGUCUGAAUUCAUCAGCGACCACCCAUCUCACCCCGAUCACACUCUCCGGCUUCAAGAAAAACGAGGUAACAUAUGUGAUUCAUGUGGAAGGAAAAUCGUCAAUCUAUGCUAUCGUUGUGAGAUGUGUGACUUUGACGUGGACCUUCACUGUGCCAAGUACCCACCACCAGAUGUUAUUGACAAUUUCGAGACGCACCCCCACAAGCUCACACUUCUCAAGGAACAGACUGAGUUUGAGUGCUCUGCUAAAUGCAGGAAGGGAGGUGGUGAUGGGUUUCCAUACAAAUGUGAUGAAUGUGAUGUAUCCUUCCAUGUGGAUUGUGUAUGGCACCCAGAAGAGCUAAAUUACUCACCAGAGGUAAACCACUCUUACCACUCCUUGCAUCCUCUUAAGCUCCUCACAGGUCCACCACCGCACUAUUCUGAUGGUAAAUGUCGUCUUUGCGGAACAGAUAUUGGUGAAUAUUUUUAUCAUUGUUCAUCUUGUAAUUUCACCGUGGAUUUGCCUUGUGUUUUUAAUCCACCACCAAAAUCUUCUGCUGAUCCGAAAGUUCAUGAUCACCAACUCACGCUUCUUCCAAGACUCGAUUCUUUUACAUGUAAUGCUUGUGGUCUAAAGGGAGAUCGAAGCCCUUACGCAUGUUUUGAUUGUGGUUUCAUGAUCCAUCAAGAUUGUCUUGGCCUUCCACGUGUCAUUAACAUCAACCGGCAUGAUCACCGUGUUUCUCGUACUUCCGUUCUUGGUGACGCUGCUAUGAAUUCUGUCUGCGGAGUUUGUCGCAAGAAGGUGGAUUGGACUUAUGGCGGCUUUUCUUGUAAGAGGUGUCCUGGUUAUGUGGUUCAUUCUAAAUGUGCUACUAGAAAAGAUGUGUGGAACGGGAAAGAGCUCGAAGGAAUACCUGAAGAAGAAGAAGAUAUAGAACCAUAUGUGGUGAUAGAUGAAAACACAAUACAACAUUUCAGCCACAAAGAGCAUUACCUAAGACGAAUCCAUGGGAAUGGUGUUUGGUACGAGGAGAACAAACGAUGCAGCGCAUGCAUCCAUCUCAUCGGUCUUCAAUCUUUUUAUGGCUGUGUGGAUUGUGAUUUUUAUCUACAUCAUAAGUGUGCUGAAUGUCCUAAAAUGAAACGGCAUGUGCUACACAAUGACCGGCUCACUUUAGUUACAAACGAGGAGCUAGAAGUCUUCAACUGUCUUGUUUGCGAUCGAGCAUCCAGUGGUUUCAUGUACAAGGAUGGGAAUAGGAAACUAGAUGUCUUGUGUGGUUCAGUUUCUGAACCAUUUUUCCAUCCAAGUCAUAUUCACCAUCCCUUAUAUUACAUUCCAACCGAAGAAGAAGAAAUAUGCAAUGGUUGCAACAGAAGGGAACAUCAUAUGCUUCGGUGCAUUGAAGGUGAUUGUGGAUUUGUACUGGGCUUCAAAUGCGCCACUCUACCACAAGUGGUAAAACACAUAGUAGACGAUCAUCCUCUCUCACUCUGCUAUAGCCAAGAAGAAGAGGCAAGUGGUAAAUACUGGUGUGACAUUUGUGAGAAAGAAACGAAUCCAAAGGAAUGGUUUUACACGUGUAAAAAUCAACAAGCUAGUUUGCAUACAAUGUGUGUGCUCGGAGACUGUACAGGGCUCAUGCCAAGAAGCGUAGCAAAAUUGUGGGGGAAACCAACUGAGGUGGUGCUGAAUAAUAGUGUAACUCGCCCAUUUUGCAUUUGGUGCAAGUCUCGUUGCAUGUACCCUAUCAAACUCAAGUUGCUUGGAACCUCAGGGACGUACGCUUGCUCUCUUGAGUGCGCAUUUUAUUUUAUUAUCAUUCUUAUUGAGUUGGACAGGUCCAGCGAGAUAAAUCGUUAAGAUGUUUAUUCGUAUCAGUUUCUUACAUUCUUCCUUCGGACAAGUUCACUUCCACUUUCAGUUGAUCUCCCUAAUGUAAUAUCAAAAGGCGAGCUGUUUUCUUUAAAAAUAUAGACAGCAGAUUCUUGAGGACUAAAAGAAUGAUAACUGUGAAACAGAGCGUAACUAGUGUUGUGUACUUGUAUAUUUAUUUAUUUUGAUUAUGGCUAUGGUUCCCACAAAGUUUGGCGUAUGGUUUACCAAAAACUUCAUGAACCAGGUAAUCCAUCUUGCACUACUAUUUCUUGAGAAG